UUGUCCAGACCCAGCAGAUGUAGGUUGAGGCCGAAAGAGUUGUUGUUGUGCGUACGCUUGCGUCAGUUGGGACAACCACAAACGAAUGUCACAGGAAAGAUUAAUCUGCCCCUGUGGUUACCUGUUUUAACUCUUUCCUGCAGUAUGUCCAGUGCUGCCAGGUGUGGUAGAAUAAUUCUAGGACAUGUUCGUCCUAGAUCAGGAAGCAGUGUUAACCGUUUAAAGCUGCCCCUGAGAGGCCAACAGAAUAAUGGAUAUCAGCUGUCAUCGAGGGUCUUAACAAUGACUCGCCUGAUGUCUAGUUCAUCAGGCGGGGGAGAUGAAGUAGGAGGUGGAGGAGAUGACAAAAAGUCCAAGAAUGUGUCCGCUGGUGGAAGCAAAGGAAGUGGUGACAAGGGGAAAGGUGGCAAGAAAGGGAACAACCAGCUGUGCUGCCCCAAGUGUGGAGACCCUUGCACUCAUGUUGAGACUUUUGUGUCCUCUACUCGGUUUGUCAAAUGUGAGAAGUGUCAUCAUUUCUUUGUAGUCUUGUCUGAGACCGAUUCAAAGAAAAGCUUCAAGGAAUUUCGGGAUGAAAAGCUCACUCAGAAAAAGAAAUCGCCUCCUCCACCUAGAAAAAUUUAUGAAUUUCUGGACCGAUAUGUGGUCGGCCAAGAACAUGCAAAGAAGGUCCUCUCUGUCGCUGUGUACAACCACUACAAAAGAAUCUACCACAACAUUCCAGCAGCCUCUGGGAACACUGCACAGAAGCAGCCAGAGACAGCGGUCACUCAGCCUGGUCAGCAUUACCCACACACCUUCUCCCCAAGAGAUAUGCUUCAGAUAGCAGUCACUGGUCCCUUGGGUCCCUCAGGUACCACCCAGCAGAGUCAGACGAGCACAAGCCAAGAGGAGACAGCCAAAAAGUCGGAUAUUCUUGAUGCAGGGACACACGAACUGCAGCUGGAAAAGAGCAACAUUCUUAUGUUGGGACCCACAGGAUCUGGCAAAACUCUCUUGGCUCAGACCCUUGCGCGCUGUCUGGAUGUCCCGUUUGCCAUCUGUGACUGCACCACCCUCACCCAGGCAGGGUACGUUGGAGAAGACAUUGAGAGUGUGAUAGCUAAACUGCUGCAAGAUGCCAACUACAAUAUAGAGAAAGCUCAACAAGGUAUUGUGUUUCUUGAUGAGGUGGACAAGAUUGGGUCAGUGCCAGGCAUUCACCAGCUCCGUGAUGUGGGUGGAGAGGGAGUGCAGCAGGGAAUGCUCAAAUUGCUUGAAGGAACGGUGGUCAGUGUGCCUGAGCGCAACUCGCGCAAACUCAGGGGAGAGACAGUGCAAGUGGAUACCACAAACAUUUUAUUCGUGGCUUCUGGGGCUUUCAAUGGUCUGGAUCGUAUCAUUAGUCGACGUAAAAAUGAGAAGUACCUUGGCUUCGGCACCCUGAAGUCUGGCAAGGAAGGCCGGCGUGCUGCCUCUGAGGCUGAUGUCAAGAGUCAGACGGAGAGCUCCAAUGCUGUUCAGGACAACGAAGAAAAAGAUGCCUUUUUGAAGCAGGUGGAAGCCAGAGACAUGAUCGAGUUUGGAAUGAUCCCAGAGUUUGUGGGUCGGCUGCCCGUGGUGGUUCCCUUCCACAGCCUCACGGAGGAUAUGCUGGUCCGCAUCCUGGUGGAGCCACGGAAUGCUCUUGUGCCACAAUACCAGGCCCUCUUUGGCAUGGAUAAGAUCCACUUGGACGUCCAGGAUGAUGCUCGAAGAGCUAUCUCGAGGCUGGCCCUGGAGAGGAAAACUGGUGCCCGUGGACUGAGAGCUAUCAUGGAGACAAUCUUGCUGGACUCUAUGUUUGAAGUGCCGGGCUCAGAUGUUACCUCUGUGAUCGUCAAUGCAAAUGUGGUGAAGGGAGAAGAGCCGGCUACCUAUAUACGAUCCCCGAAGGCGUCAAAGGAAGACUCUGAAGUGUCUGAGGAUUCUGGAUGUGAAGAAGAAGAGGCACUGAAGUUGAGCCAGUCGUGAUCUGAUUUCAUGAUUUGUGAAAAGAAAGGUCGCCCACACUCACACGCUCCUUCUUUCACCCCACCCUGAUCAAUGAUACAGACAUUAAUGUGGAGGAUUACGUUUUAAUGUCUGCACUAUCUGAUUGAUGUACAUGUCUUGCAGUCAUAACAUGAUUCAAGUUUUUGAGACAAUUAGUGUAGAAUAAUCGGGAGGGGGGGGGAGGGGGUGUUUUUGUCUGUAAUUCUCUUGAAUAAUCCUUUUUCUCAGGUUCCAGGACCUCUUCUUCUGUACAUCUUUAAAAGUCAGAGGGAUAUGCUGAGCUCAACUAAAUGUAGAUACACUGAAUUGAAGUGCUUUGUUUUUACCCCUGGCUACAAGUGUGGGACGCCUGAAUUUUUUAUUUUUUUUAAAAGAAGUCAGAUACUUCACAGCAAAGUUUUGACACUGGUGAUACUUCACAUAAAAGUACAUGUGAACAGAUCAACGUGCAGUAGGCCUUCACAGUGCCUCAACAAAGCGGAGUGUGUGUGUGUGACAUCAUGACAGAAUAACCAUGUCAACAACAACCCUGCGACUACUGCUUCCUUUUCCCACAAAACGGAACGGGAUGGCACACAGCAAGGCAUUAAGUAAAAGUUGCUCUCUGUUGCAGUGCCAUUUGAUUUUAAUUGGUUCGUCUAUCUUGCUUGCCAUGCCAUAUAUGAAUUUGAAUAGGCCUAUUGUGUGGGAUCAGUAUUUAGCAUUAGAUAAACAGGAAUAAAUCAAGUUUAGUUUUGCACUCAUAGAGUUCUCCAUCCUACUGAAAUGUUAUUCAAACCGUGCUGAAAUUGAAUUUUGAUUUGAGUUUCUCCACCACUCAUUAGAAAAAUUGCUUGAAGAAAAUGCGCUCUAGAGAGAUUCAGUAAAGAGUAAAAAGUUAAAUCAGCACAAAAAAAAAGAAAGUAUUAAGUCCCUUGAUUCCGUGACUCCCAAAGUGAAUGAUAUAUGAGUUGAGUUGACUCUUCUUUUUUUCGCUCCCCUGAUGACAUCAACUCAUUGAUAGUCAGCUGUGCCUGGCAAAAGUUGUCCUCUCAGAUGCUUGAAUUUUUAGCAGAUGAAAGUUCUCACAUGACUGAUCCCAAGACAUUUGUAUCAUCGUCCAGUGUACAGAUAAGUUAUUUCAGGUGGGGGCCCAUCUCUUGGUAUGAUGAGGGUAAUAUUUUCACUAUGAUUGUCAAAUGGUUUUGAUGAUUGGUCUGUAUACCAAACUAUAUCAUUGCGUGUGUUUUUGGGGCCAGGAUUUUUUUAGCGUGGAUAUAAGGGAUAUAAGGCGAAAAAGGUAAAUCAUCAGAGUUGGAGACGUGCUUUGAAUUUAGAGAUUUUUGUUUGUUUGUUUUUUUUUCAAAUUAAAACUGGUUCCUUCAAGUCCACUAUUGACACAUUGGAGGGGCUGGGGCUUCUUUCUCUUCCAAAACAGUCCUUCUUGAGUAAUUUUCUCGUGCAUUUUCCAGUGGUUUACUUCUUUUGUGCUUGGAGGGAUGAAAUAAGUAUUCAAUACCAAUGAUGCCAACUCUUUCUCAUUUUUUUUUUCAAGGAGUUUCCUAAAACAUUAUCCUCUUCUUUUGUAUUCACUGGUUAAAACAGAGGGACAGUUGCAUGCUGUCUUCGAAUUCUGAUGCUCUUUGCUGUCUACACCUACUAGAGUCAGAUGUUUUUCACAGUUCCAACAUGUUGUGUGCUGAGAGAGCUAGGCUACUGCUGUUCACAGAAGAUGUUGACUUUUACCUAUUAACUUUUGUUAGAGAUAUGACUGGUACAGCAGCCUGAUUAAAAUUUGUCCUUUUUGAUGCGAACAAAUGAUUAUGUGGACAGACCUACUUUUAACAUGUUGCGUAUUUUGCUGUAAUUUUCUCCACAAAACUGCAUCAUUAUGCAACUCCUGAUAAUCAGCACUAGGGCAUUAUUAUUUCGGAUUAUGGUUGGAAAGAUGUAAUUCAACUAUUGCAUUGCUACAUCACUGCUCUACACAUAAAAAUUUUAUCACCUCUAUUGUUAGUAAGCAUAUCUCAGGGACUGUCUGUGAUUUACACCAGGAUUUGGCCUUUUUCUAAAACUGUUGUGCCCUGUGUUCUGUGUAUAUUUUAAUUUACAUCAAGCCAGCAGUAUUGCGGUUUCUCUGUUUUAGUGUUCUGUGUUGUAUUUUUUUAACUCUUUCUAUCCACUUUCUGGUCCCCAACACAGAUCCUUUAUUGACAUUUUUUUUUCAAAUGGCCCAACAUGGACAAGGGAUCAUCCCAGUCCCAAAAGAUGCCUGUAUUAACCAGUCAUAUUUCAUUUACUUUUUUUUCAUAAUAUUUUUAAAAACUGUUUACAAGUAUAUAUGCUUUUUAAUUUGGAAAGAUUCAUAUGUUACGAGUGGAAUGUUCAUUUUGUGCUGUGAGGGCUGCAUUGUGUAUUGAUUGGUCCAAGUAGCCACCAACUGUAUAGGAUUGUUGUACCAUUUGUAAUCUCAGACCUUCUCCUAUUGUCAGGACAGCUACUGGGUAUUUUAUGUCCCUUUUCUUUUAUCUUAUUGUACGGCUCAUAUUCUAUUAUGGUGAACUGUCAAUGUGCGUCAAUUUAUCCCGUUAUGGCUCCCCAAAGCAUUUGUAAGAGAACCAAUUCUGUACAAUACAGAUGUAUGUGUAUAUAAUAUAUGAAUGAGAAUGGAGAGGAAUGAUGAAAUUCUCAUGUCUGUACAUGUAGUUGUAAUUGUAAUGUGUUCAAGGUGCGAAGACAUCUGAAGCUACUGUGGUAAUGCUUGUUGUCGUUUUUAAUGUCUUGGCAGGCGAUGAGUGCAUCGUACUCAAAGUAUCAUUUGUGACACUGGCAUGGGACAUCAGAGUACAGAUUUCAAUUUUUAUCUGUCAGUAAUAAAUUUUAAAAAGGAAGAAAAAAAAGAAAA